AUGAAGGAGGAAAACAUGUGCCCGGAAUCUCCCGAAGGCAGCCUGGUCACCAGCGAGGAGGAAGGCGAGCGGCUGCACAAGAAAUGCCUCCGCAAGCGAAGCCAAGCGGGCAAAGCGUUGGAGGACGGCGGAGCCGCCUCGCCGCAGGGCAAGCGCAGCAAGCGCAGCCCGGUGCCGCCGUCCUUCGAGGACGUGCACACGCAGCGGGUGAUCGCCAACGUGCGGGAGCGCCAGAGGACCCAGUCGCUCAACGACGCCUUCGCGGAGCUGCGGAAAAUCAUCCCCACGCUGCCCUCCGACAAGCUGAGCAAGAUCCAGACCCUCAAGCUGGCGGCGCGCUACAUAGACUUCUUGUACCAGGUGCUGCAGAGCGAUGAGCUGGACCACAAGAUCGCCAGCUGCAACUACCUGGCCCACGAGAGGCUCAGCUACGCCUUCUCCGUCUGGAGGAUGGAAGGGGCUUGGUCCAUGUCCGCGUCCCACUGAGCCGGGGUACGUAUGGCGAGGGUGCAGCAUGCACGUCCUUUGCUCCCGCAUCCCGCGUCCUGCAUCCCGCAUCCCGCUGUACAUCUCCCAGCCCGCUCCCCUCCGUGCUCCGCGUGCUGCAACAAACCCGGCUCGUCCCGCUGGGUCUCAGCAUCCUGGUCUCUGCUAUCCCUAAAGCAGGAUUGGGUUUUCCUUCGGCAUUUCUGGAUCCCAG